AUGCCAAACCUCGAUGAAGAGAUCAUUCCCAUGAUCAACAAUACUCCUAACUUGGCCGCUGACGGGUCCCAAGAUAACCUCCCACAUCUACUUACACACCAAUUGAGUCUGCUGAAAAGCCACUUCCUCCCCUUGAAGCUUCCAACAUCUGCGAACACAAUCUUCGAACUCGUCACCGGCAUCAAAGAUGCGCAGAUAUCGCUUCUUUCUGAACAGUCAUCGCUUGGGCUUUAA